AUGAACCAGGAGACAAGGGACCAGAUGAGCAACGUCGCGGCGGAGACGAGCGACAAUGCGCACAACAAGAUCCAGGAGCUGAAGGAUGGUGUGAGCAACAAGGCUGCAGUGGCCGGUGACGCAGUGGGGAACACGAUUGAAAGCAUCAAGGACAAGAUAAGCGGGGGCUCGUAA